UCCGCAGCUCCUGUGGGUUUGUUUCUGAGGCCCCGCCCACCGCCUGAUGACGCGUUAAACAGAUCGCGCAUGCUCAGAUCAGGACUCCGUUGUUAUUUCGUCCUUUGUGGAAGCGGGUCGGCGAAGGGAUCGGGAGGGGAUCCAGAAACGGAUUAUUCUCUGCGGGAAACACCAACAAUUUUUCUUUGUUAGACCUGCGGUGAGAGAUUUAUUGCAAGAAAAACCCCAACUGGAAGCGAACCACGACUGAAGACGAGGGAACAGCAACAAGAGAACCAGCCCAAGAACCAACUGGAGAGAACCCUUCUGACUCAGAGUUUCCAUUGAUUCAUUCAGGAGAAAGUUUGGUUAAAAAUGACAAGGAACUUGUUUACGGGAAUCUUGAACACAACACACCAGUGUUGUUGUCUCUGUCCAGAUAUUUAAGAAGUGGAACAAGGGAAUCACUCGAUCAUUCUUCCUGCUCAGACUGUGGGGAGGGAUUCACUCAUUCAUCUGAACGACUGGCAUGCCCAUCAUCUUACACAGGGGAGAACCCAUUCAUCAGUUCAGACAGUGGGAAUAGAUUCACCUGGUCAUCUCAACUGAAGGUACAUCAGCAAGUUCACACUGGAACAAGGCCAUUCACCUGUUCUGUUUGUGAAAAGGGAAUCAGACAGUCUUCCCACCUGUGGACACACCAGUUAGUUCACACUGGGAAGAGGCUAACCGCCUGCUGAAUUUGUGGGGAAGGAUUCACUUGGUCUUAUGACCAAAUGGCUCAACAGCAAAUUCACACCAGGGAGCGGCCGUUCACCUGCUCAGACUGUGGGAAAGCAUUCACUAAAGCAUCUAAAUUGAAGGUACAUCAUCGAGUUCACACUGGAGAGAGGCCAUUCACCUGCUCAGACUGUGGGAAGGGAUUCACUUGCUCAUCUCAACUGAAGGUGCAUCAGAGAGUUCACACUGGAGAGAGGGCGUUCACCUGCUCAGACUGUGGAAAGAAAUUCAGUUGCUCAUCACAACUGAAGGUACAUCAACGAGUUCACACCGGGGAGAAGCCAUUCACCUGCUCAGACUGCGGGAAGGGAUUCACUCUGUCAUCUAAACUGAAGGUACAUCAGCGAGUUCACACUGGAGAGAGGCCAUUCAGCUGCUCAGUCUGUGGGAUGGGAUUCACUUGCUCAUCUAAUCUGAAGGUACACCAGUCAGUUCACACUGGAGAGAGGCCGUUCACCUGCUCAGACUGUGGGAAGGGAUUCAUUCAGUCAUCUAAACUGAAGAUACAUCAGCGAGUUCACACUGGAGAGAGGCCAUUCACCUGCUCAGACUGUGGGAAGGCAUUCGCUCGGUCAUCUCAAGUGAAGAUACAUCAGAGAGUUCACACUGGAGAAAGGCCAUUCACUUGCUCAGACUGUGGGAAGGGAUUCACUCGGUUGUCCUCCCUAAUUGCUCACCAGCGAGUUCACAACAGGGAGUGGCUGUUCACCUGCUCAGAAUGUGGGAAGGGAUUCACCUCAUCAUCUCAACUGAAGGUACAUCAGCGAGUUCACUCUGGGGAGAGGCCAUUCACCUGCUCAGCGUGUGGGAAAGGAUUCACUCGGUCAUCCAACCUACAAGCACACCAGUCAGUUCACACAGGGGCGAGGCCAUUCACCUGCUCAGCGUGUGGGAAGGGAUUCACUCGGUCAUAUAAACUGAAGGAACAUCAGCGAGUUCACACUGGGGAGAAGCCAUUCACCUGCUCAGAGUGUGGGAAAGGAUUCACUCAGUCAUCCCACCUACAAGUGCACCUAUCAGUUCACACUGGGGAGAGACCAUACACCUGCUUAGACUGUGGGAAGGGAUUUGCUUCAUCAUCUCAACUCCAGAGACACCAGCGAGUUCACACUGGGUAGAAUCCUUUCUCUUGCUGUGAAUGUGGAAAGGGAUUCACUCUGUCAUCUAACCUUAUGUAACUCUCUCUUCACCUAGCAGCUUAAUAUAGGGGGUGUUUGCCACCACCCCCCCCCCCAGCCUAGCCAA